AUUCACAUGUCUUGGAGAAGGACAUCAUGUUCACCUACAUUCAACACAGAAUUCGAAUUCACUUGCUUCUUACUAGCACAAUCUCUUUGUGCUCGUCCUUUUGGUUGUUGUACUCUUCUCUUAAAAUACGAUCUCUAUGCGAACAUAGCCGAGAGCUAUGUCGGCUUCCAUGCUAAGCCUCCGUUCGCUCUCUCAGGCGACUCGGACGUCUCGCAAGCCAACUCUGAUUCUCUUCGCUCUCGUACUUAUACUCCGAUCUCGUCUGUUGACCGUACCGAAGGAUGCUCUAGACAAGCUCAAGGCUGUUGCUUAUAGGCAACCCCUUUCCUCAGAGGCACUGAAUCAGGCCUUACAGCAACUCUACGUGGACGAACCUGAUGGCACUAAGACUUUGCUUGUACCCUAUGGGGGUAAUAUUUCUAAUGUCAAUAUAGUUCCUACUUCAACUUCUAAGUUCAAGGAGGAUGCGAAGUACUUCCCACUGGUACCGGAGAGUCACAAAGCCAACCUCGACAAGCCGUUCUUACGACAGCUUCUCGCCGUCUUGAGGAUUGCCUUUCCAUCCUGGUAUUCCAAGGAAGUUCUGAUACUGCUUCUCCAUUCAUUCUUCCUUGUGGCUCGUACGGUUUUGAGCGUCGGCGUUGCACGCCUUGACGGUCGAAUCGUUCGCGACCUCGUCAGUGCCGAUGGCAAAGGGUUCCUCAAGGGACUCGGGUUGUGGUUUCUCAUGGCCAUCCCGAGCACGUAUACUAAUACUAUGAUUCAUCACCUUCAAGCCAAGUUAUCUUUGCGUUUACGAACUCGUCUGAGUCGAUAUACCCAUGACUUAUACCUCUCCUCCGCACCUGACCUGAGAUACUACCGUGUUGGUCUUGAAGGAGGCCUUGGGGAUGUAGAUCAGUACAUCACUUCUGACAUUGCGGCCUUCUGCGACGCGUUGUCUGGAAUAUACGGGAAUAUUCUCAAGCCGUCGUUAGACCUUUUUCUAUUCACUUCGCAGCUCUCGCGUACACUCGGUAUUCGUGGUACACUCUUGCUCUUUAUGAACUACUACAUCACAGCGAAAAUCCUGAGAGCAGUCACACCAGCUUUCGGCAGACUCGCUGCUGUCGAAGCUAGACUUGAGGGUGAAUAUAGAGCCGGCGUGGGUAGGGUCGGUAGGGAAAGUGAGGAGAUUGCAUUCUACGAUGGCGGACGUCGCGAACGCGACAUUCUAUGGAGGGCGUAUCUUCGCCUGAUCAAGCAUAUUAACUCGAUUUACAAAAUUCGUAUUGCGUAUGAAUGGACUGAAGACUAUGUCAUCAAAUACCUAUGGAGCGCAGCGGGCUAUGCUCUCAUUGCAAUACCGGUCCUAUUGACUAGACGAAGACAUGUCGGAGUGCAAGCCUCCGCACCGGACACGGGCAGAGUCAAUGAUGAAGUUGCGAAUAGGACGGAAACUUAUAUCUCUUCCAGAAGACUGCUGCUCUCUCUAGCAGAUGCCGGAGGACGACUCAUGUACGCUUACAAAGAUAUCCUAGAACUAGCGGGCCUCACAACACGUCUAUACACUCUUCUUUCAACCCUCCAUUCUCUUCCACCUCUCCCUAAACCUUCAUCCUCAACGGCCGUUGAGAUGUCGCAUGUGGACGUGACUGUCCCUUCGUCAAAGACGUAUGACUCCGACGCAAUGCUCCUCGUGAAAGAUCUGACCAUGUCAUUACAACCCGGAGAGCACCUGAUGAUCACAGGAAGCAAUGGUGUAGGUAAGACUGCGGUGGCACGAGUACUAGCAGGUCUUUGGGCGCCAUACGGUGAAGGAGUCGUGCGUAGGCCUGAGGGUAACAAGGGUGUAUUUGUUGUACCCCAGAGGUCGUAUAUGGUGGUAGGAAGUCUGCUGGACCAGAUUAUCUAUCCCCACUCUUACGCCCAAUUCCUUGGGUCCGGCCGUACACACGAGGAGCUAAUGGAUAUCCUGACCGCGGUCAACCUCGAAUAUAUUCCCUCGAGAGAAGGCGGUUGGAGUACACGUAAAGAAUGGCGCGACGUCUUCAGUGGCGGCGAGAGACAACGGAUGGGCAUGGCGAGGGUAUUCUACCACAGACCACAGUUCGCUAUCCUGGAUGAAUGUACGAGUGCCGUAUCAAGCGAUGUCGAAGGCCGGAUGUACGAGCACGCCAAAGCGCUUGGUAUUACUUUGAUUACCAUCUCACUGCGACCGUCUCUGACGAAGUAUCACAACCGACUGCUGACGAUCAACGGAGACGGCAGCGGUUCCUGGUCACUGUCCCAAGUUGGGACUGCAGAGGAGCGUAUGGAACUAGACCGUGAAAUUAUCGCACUAGAGGGGAAGCUCUCGGAAGUGGGAGAUUGGGAGAAGAGGGUCCGAGAGCUGAACAAAUUACUGUCAGCUCAGACACAUUGACGUUGACGCCGCGCGUUAUUGAUUUCACCGUUGCUCUCGCCGUUACUCGUAUGCUCUUGUACUAUAGCUGAUGUAAUAGGAUCAGAGGAGGAUGGAAUGUACUUUUUGAUGAACGUUA